GGUCCGCUACCCCAAGAGGAAAGCCCCGCGCUGGGAGCACGGCCUGUCAUGCACACACGCACAUGCUGAUUUUGUGAAGCGUUAAAAACCUUUUUUUGUGUGUUCGGACUUGGACUCCGUGCAGCCGAUGGUUUGUUUGGGAACGCCACAGGGUUUUUGCGUGUCUCGAUUUUUAAACCCGGUACGGAACGAUUUGUGUUUGAGACUUUGCGACUUUGUAGAGGCGGCAGCAAGGAGGGUGAACUGCCCAUUAUUGAAAGAGGAACCAGAAGAAAGACCGAUCAUCGUUUGCCAGUCUCAGAACCAUGGCUCAGGCGUCUGUGUCAUUUAAAGAUGUCACUGUGGACUUUAGUCGGGAGGAGUGGCAGCGCCUGGAUCCUGCUCAGAAGACUCUGUAUAUGGAUGUGAUGUUGGAAAACUACUGCCACCUUGUUUCUGUGGGGUGUCACAUGACCAAGCCUGAUGUAAUCCUCAAAUUGGAAAGAGGAGAGGAACCAUGGGCAUCAUUUGCAGGUCAUACAUGCUUAGAAGAAAACCGGAAAGCUGAAGACUUUUUAGUGAAAUUCAAGGAACACUACAAUAAGUACUCCCACUCAGUUGUAUACAUCAACCCCAAAUCACUGAUUAAGGAGAAUAGCAAUGCAUUUGAAAAGACACUGACAUCAGGGAAAAGCCCCGUUCAUUCCAAAAAUCUUCCUCCUGAAUAUGACACUCACAGAAAGAUGUUUAAAAAUGUUUCAGAAUUAAUUAUCAGUAAUAUUAGUCCCACUAGAAAGAGACUUGUUGAGUAUAAUGGCUACAGACAACCACUUCUCAGUACUAACUCAGAAAUAGCUCACCCAGGAGUCAAAUUCUACAGUCAGUGUGGCAGGGCUCUCAGUCAUAAUGAACUCCUUUUGCAAUAUCAUAAGAUGGAAACUCCAGCACAGUCACUUGUAUAUAAUGACUAUGAGAAAUCCUUCCUUAAAAAAGGAAUUUACAGACGGGGAAACCCAUCUGAAUUUAAUAAAAGGAGAAGAGCAACCAGUGUUGAGAAAAAACAUAUAUGCACUGAAUGUGGGAAAUCUUUCUGCCGGAAGUCUGUAUUGAUUCUGCAUCAAGGAAUUCACACAGAAGAAAAACCAUACCAAUGUCACCAAUGUGGCAAUGCAUUUAGAAGGAAGUCAUAUCUCAUUGAUCAUCAAAGAACACACACAGGAGAGAAACCAUUUGUUUGUAAUGAAUGUGGCAAGUCCUUCCGCCUAAAGACAGCCCUCACUGAUCAUCAAAGAACACAUACAGGAGAAAAAUCCUAUGAAUGUCCACAAUGUCGGAAUGCCUUUAGAUUGAAGUCUCACCUUAUUCGUCAUCAAAGAACUCAUACAGGAGAGAAACCUUAUGAAUGUAAUGACUGUGGCAAGUCCUUCCGCCAAAAAACAACACUUUCUCUACACCAGAGAAUUCAUACAGGAGAAAAGCCCUAUAUUUGUAAAGAAUGUGGGAAGUCCUUUCACCAGAAGGCGAAUCUUACUGUACAUCAAAGAACUCAUACAGGGGAAAAACCCUACAUUUGUAAUGAAUGUGGGAAAUCCUUCUCACAGAAGACAACCCUUGCUCUUCAUGAAAAAACUCAUAAUGAGGAGAAACCUUACAUUUGUAAUGAAUGUGGCAAGUCCUUCCGCCAAAAGACAACCCUUGUAGCACAUCAGAGAACACAUACAGGGGAAAAAUCAUAUGAAUGCCCUCACUGUGGGAAGGCUUUUAGAAUGAAGUCAUACCUCAUUGAUCAUCACAGAACUCACACAGGAGAGAAACCAUAUGAAUGUAAUGAGUGUGGGAAAUCCUUCAGUCAGAAAACCAAUCUCAAUCUGCACCAGAGAAUUCAUACAGGGGAGAAACCAUAUAUUUGUACUGAAUGUGGAAAGUCUUUUCGCCAGAAAGCAACCCUUACAGUACAUCAGAAAAUACAUACAGGCCAGAAAUCCUAUGAAUGUCCUCAGUGUGGCAAAGCCUUUAGCAGGAAGUCAUAUCUCAUUCAUCAUCAACGAACUCAUACAGGAGAAAAACCCUAUAAAUGUAAUGAAUGUGGGAAAUGCUUCCGCCAGAAGACAAAUCUCAUUGUACAUCAGAGGACACACACAGGGGAGAAACCUUAUAUUUGUAAUGAGUGUGGUAAAUCCUUCAGUUAUAAGAGAAACCUCAUUGUCCAUCAGAGAGUUCACAAGGGAGAAAGCUUAGAAAUGCAAUAAAUGAUGUGACUUUUAUGAAGAAACUUAAGAUUGAAGUAAGCAUGCUUAAACAUGUGAAUAAGGUAUCUUUAGUCACUGAUAGGAGUAACUGCUGUCUAUAUCAUACAAAAUGGUAUGAUCUUUAUUACUGAACUCAAGCAACAAUGAAGCUAAUAACUUUUAAGUGCUCCUGACUGUUAUUUUAUGAAACAUAUAAUACAUGCAGAUUCAUAAUACAACACGGUUGUAAUCUUAAGGAUCCAUAAAGAAACUAUGAACAACAUUUCUUAUUGCACUCUAGAAUAAAAAGUAGUUAUUACUUCCCCAGUGAUUACCACUUCCCUGAUUUAUAACAUUAUGAACUAGUUUUUGCAUGUUUUUAAACUUAAUAUAUAUUUUAUCACAAUGAUUCUUUUGUAUUUCACAUUCAAAAC